CCAGCCGCGGGGGCACUCCCCUCCCCCGCCCUUCCCCCGCCCCUCCGGGCCCUCCCCCUGUGUCACGGCGGCGCCCGCAUUCGGGAACGGGCACGGCGGAGGGAGGGAAGGAGGGAGCAAGCGAGCGAGCCGAGGAGAGAACGAGCGAGCGAGCCGCGGCCGCCCCAGCAUGUGGCCCGCCCGCGCCGUGGCGGCAGCGCGGCGGCGGCGGCGGCGGCGGGCAGGUGCGCGGCCGCUGAAGCGGAGCGGGGGGGCGUAGGGGCGGGAGCCGCCCGCCGCCGCCCUCGCCGGCGCUGUCAGGUGCGUGCCGCCCGCCAGCAUGGCUCCGCCGCGCCGCCGGACCUAGCGUCUGGCCGCCCGCGGGAGACUGCGCCCGCCGCAACGAGGGCUCCCCUCUAUCUUCGUCCCGCUUCUCCCCGCUUAGCUGCCCCGCCGCCCGGCCCCGGAGCCCGCCGGUCCCCGGCCGAGGAUGCCGCCCGCCGCCGCUCGCUCCGGUUCAUCUGUUGCUGCCUGACCGCGCCGCCAGCCCGAUGGAUGCGGCCGCCCCCGCGCCCUGCCCGCCCGCAGCCGCCCCGCUGGCUACUGAGCCGGGAACCACUCCGGAGCUCCGCGGCUUCUAAAAACCAAACCAUAACCAAAUCCGAACCAAAAAACACCCCCCAGCUUCGGGCCGGACUGGAGAGGCGGCCGAGGAGCAUGCAGCGUGUGCCCCGGCUCGGCGCUCCCGGCGCGGCGCCGGGCACAGCCGCCUCCUAAAGCCGCCGGAGCCGGGGCUCCCCCGGACUUGGGGCUCCCCCCGCCAGGACCCGCGCACCCAGCGCCUCCUCCUUCCCUUCUCCCCUCCAGCCGGGCAGGGAGCCCGCCUUCGCACUCCUCUCCCUCUCGAGAUUUUGGGUUUUUUGUUGUGUGUUUUGGUGUUUUUUUUUUUUUUUUUUGGGUGGAAACCGCCCGUAACUCCGGGGGGAGCUGUGGGGUGGCAGCGGGGAGGCGACCAUGGAAGAAAAGCUCCAGGCGCAUCAGGUGGAGAUCGACCCGGAUUUCGAGCCGCAGAGCCGUCCCCGCUCCUGCACUUGGCCUCUCCCCCACCCCGACUUGGAGGAGGAAGAUGGGGGCGCGGGGGGAACCCCGGCGCUGGCGGCCGGCGGGGACGGAGCGGAGAACGCGGCGGCGCCGGUGGAGCGCAGAGCGGCCGCCGCUCCCCCGCCGCCCCACGGCGCGGAUGUGGGGCAGCUCCGCAAGGCCAAGACCUCCCGGCGCAACGCCUGGGGCAACCUCUCCUACGCCGACCUCAUCACCAAAGCCAUCGAGAGCUCGCCGGAGAAGCGCCUCACCCUCUCGCAGAUCUACGACUGGAUGGUGCGAUACGUCCCCUACUUUAAGGAUAAAGGAGACAGCAACAGCUCGGCCGGCUGGAAGAACUCCAUCCGGCACAACCUGUCCCUGCACACGCGCUUCAUCCGCGUGCAGAACGAGGGCACGGGCAAGAGCUCCUGGUGGAUGCUGAACCCCGAGGGCGGCAAGACGGGCAAGACGCCGCGGCGGCGCGCCGUGUCCAUGGACAACAACAGCAAGUUCCUGCGCAUCAAGGGCAAGGCCAGCAAGAAGAAGCAGCUGCAGGUGACGCAGGAGCGCGGCGAGGACAGCCCGUCCUCCCAGCAGCCCAAGUGGUCGGAGAGCCCCGCGUCCCACGCCAGCGACGAGUACGACGCCUGGGCGGACUUCAGGACGCGGGCCAGCUCCACGGCCAGCACGCUGAGCGGGCGCCUCUCGCCCAUCAUGGCCAACCACGAGCCGGACGAGCUGGAGGAGGACGAUGGCACGCCCUCGUCGCCGCUGAUGUACCCCAGCCCUUCCAGCACCAUGUCUCCUUCUCUGAGCGCCCGCUGCUCCGUGGAGCUGCCCCGGCUGACCGACCUGACCGGCACCAUCAGCCUGAACGAGAGCCUGGGGGAGAGCAUGCUGGAGGACCUGCAGGAUGGCUACAGCAUGAGCCCCUCGCAGCAGCUCCCCCCGGCCGCCCUGCGGCAGAGGAGCUCCAGCUUCACCUUCAACUCCAAGUGCUCCAGCAUGGGGGCCGCCUCCAACACCUACUGCGGGACCAUCUACAGCCAGCCGGCCAUGGGCCUCAUGCGGCGCCUGCCCAUGCAGACCAUCCAGGAGAACAAGCAGGCCACCUUCUCGCCCGCCAGCUCCUACAGGAACGCCUCGCUGCAGGACCUGCUCUCCUCCAUCUCCUACGCGCACAAGGAGAGCAUGGUCCCGGGGGAGCUGCCCCCGCUGCCGCAGGCCAGCCCCAUGGUGCCGGCCCGUGGCCACAGACACAACCCGCUGCUGUGCGGGGCUGGGGAGCAGGCCCUGUCCUCCUACCCGCCCCACCCGGGCUCUCUGAUGAAGAGCAACGCCCUGUACCACCCGUCACCAGCCGGCCACCACCCUGCGGUCAGCACCAGUGCCUUAGCCAAUCCUGUCAGCCUUAUGAGCCUGCCCAGUGAGUCGUGCAGCAUGACGGCCGUGCCGCACCACCACGGGCACCUGCAUCCCUACGCCAAUAGCCAAGGGGCACACAUGAGCCUGCUGGAUUCGCUGCAGGGCCCCUACCCGGGGGCCGUCCACCCCCCCGUGUUGGGCCAGGACAGGUUCCCAGCAGACCUGGACCUGGACAUGUUCAACGGGAGCCUGGAGUGCGACGUGGAGUCCAUCAUCCUCAAUGACUUUAUGGACAGCGAUGAGAUGGAUUUCAACUUCGACUCGGCGCUCCCGCCGCAGAACGGGCUCAACGUGCCCGCACUGCCCGGGGGCCCACAGCCCACGAACCAGAGCUGGGUGCCCGGGUGACCCUGCCCCUGCUCGGGCUCGCCACCGGGAAGACACCAGGGGAACAUUGAAACUCACUGUUUUUUUUUCCUUUCUCUUCUGCCUUUGUUUGUUAAGAUAGGCGAGAGCCAUCGGUCUGAGCUUAAGGUCGAACACGAAACACAAACCGGAGGGUGAAAUGUUGAGAUGGGGGAGGACGCCCAGCCCCAGGUGUUCCAGGUCCUGCCAGCAUCCUCUGGAGGACACAGGGCAGGUGGGUGGGAGAGGCAGCUGGAGCCAGGCAGAUCCAGGGAGUAGCAGGAAGGGAAAGCCUUUCCAGACAGUCCCAGUGCCCCAUGGUGCCAGUUGGGCUGGGGGACAGAGUGGUGAUGGCUGGUGCUGUGGGACCCCUGGGAAAGAGCUCUUCUCUGAGCCACCUUGGGAAAUGAGUCCUCUGGGCAGAAGUGUCAGGAGUGGGGACCCUGCCCCAGGGCAAGGAGGGGCUUGUGGCCCCUCAGUCCUGGUGGAGAUGGGAGCUCUUCUGAGCCCACAGUCCCAGGCCAGCUCUGCUGGGUGUCCUGGUGGCUCCAGGCAGGGUUCCUGACUGAGCAGUGAGCAGGGGGUGGUGAUGGUGUGCAGCCAGCAGCUCUGGAGCAGCACCUGGCAGCCCUUGGGGAGGCAGGGGGAGCUGCAGCCCCUGCCCAGAGCAGGCUGGGCACAGUCCAGGGGGGUCCUGCUGGCACUGAGGGACCCCUGGGCUGGCACUGAGGGACCCCUGGGUUGGAGGCUCAGGGGCAGCUCGCAGGGGAGGGGAGGGGGAAGUAUUUAUUUGAUUUCAUGCACUCUUUUGCCAUUGAGUUUUUGCAUUGGAAGGAAGAGAAGGUCGAGCUUAGGGAGAGGAGAGAGGCCAUGGGUGAUGUGUCCCAUCACAUGUGUCCCACAAGAUGGCUCUUCUUGGCUUGGCUGGUGGCUGUGUCCCAUCACAUGGCUCAUCAUGGGGGUUAUGGAUGUUGGGGUGAAAGUUGGGGUCUGUGGGCCAUCCUCCAGGAGGGGCUGUGUGUGUGAGAAGGGACAGAUGUGGUGGCCCAGGCCUCUGGAUGCAGUGUGGAGUCCAUCCUGCUCCAAGCUGGAGUGACCCACAUUGCUCAGGGAGGUGCCACAGGGGCUCCUGGGGGGUCAGUGCCACCAUGGCUGUCCCAGUGUCUCACUGCCCACCCCUGGGGUGCCAGGAGCUGUCAGCAAGAGGGGUGCGCCCACCUGCCAGGGGCUGGGGCUCCAUGGGGGUGAGGACCACGAUUCACAGGUGGUCCUGCUGUGCGUCAGGACCCCAAACUGACCCCACUCUGUGGGGCAGGAGAGGGCCAGGGAUGCCCCAGCCAUUCCACAGAGCUGCCAGGAGCAGCAGGGUUGGGAGGGGGUCAGGCUGGUGAGCACCUGGUCUGGAGAGGAUGGAGGGGCUGGGAGCUGCUGCUGUGUCCUGUGGGGUCUCUGCUCAGCCAUUCUGCUCCUGGGCACCACAGGCUCUCUGUGACCCCAGCCCUGAGUUUGCAGCGGGGUCAGAGCACAGAACCAGCACAUUUCCCCAGCCCAGCUCUUCCUGCCCCAGAGCUGGGUCUCAGCCAGCCUCAGGGACAGUGUCAGGGCAGGGGACCCAUUGGUGGCACCUCCUGCUCCUCUCCUGACCCACAAGGCUGUGACAGAGGAGCCCCGUGUGCCACUGCCACCUUCACCCAGGGCACACGGCAGGCACGGUCUCUAAAGACAUCCUUACAAGUUAAUUAAUUAUGUUUACAUUAUUUGAUCAUGUACAGAAUUUAAUAUAUUCUAUUAUAUAUAAUCUUUCUUGAAUGCUUUUUUAAAAAAGGAUUAUUUGGUCAGGAUCAUUACCGCAUUCCUUUUAUAAACACCACCUCUCCUUUCAGGCAUCUUUCAAAUCCUUGGAAACUGAUUGCAAAUGGCUCUUUAACCCCUGAACCCCCAGUUCAGCACGUGGUGUGAGGGACCCAGAGGCAGGAGCAAACUGGGGCCUCUGCACCCCAGGAAAGGGAGAAAGGGAAGGGUCCUGGCUCUUUCAGGCAUCUCACCUCCAGGAAAGGGAGACAGGGAUGGAGUCCUGGGUUCUCCAGGCAUCUGCACCCCAGGAACGGGAGACAGGGAUGGAGUCCUGGGUUCUCCAGGUGUCUGACCUCCAGGAAAGGGAGAAAGGGAAGGGUUCCUGGUUCUUCCAGGCAUCUGCCCUCCAGGCACAGAUCCAGCAGCACACCAGCAUGCCGGGCAGCAGUGGGGCAUUUGGAGAUGGGAUUCUCCCAUGCUGGGGUCCCUGAGUCCCCUCCAGUGUCACAGACACUGGCUGGCCAUCAGUGUGACGGGGGAGCCCCAGCAGCAGGAGGGAAUUGUCCCCAGCACUGGAGGGAGGUGUCCCCUUAGGGCAAUACGACAUCCCCUUGUCCCCAGCACAAGAGGGAAGUGUCCCUAUGUCCCCAGCACUGGAGGGAAGUGUCCCUUUGUCCCCAAACUGCAGGAGAGAAUUGUCCCUGUGUCCCCAGCAGCAGGAGGGAGGUGUUCCCAGCAUAGGAGGGAGGUGUCCCCUUGUCCCCAGAAGCAGGAGGGGAGUGUCUCCUUGUCCCCAACACAGGAGGGAGGUGUCCCUUUGUACCCAAAAGAGAAGGGAGGUGUCCCAGCACAGGAGGGAAGUGUCCCUGUGUCCCCAGAAGGACGAGGGAAGUGUCUCCAGCAGCAGGAGGGAAGUGUCCCCUUAGUGCAAUACAGCAUCCCCUUGUCCCCAGCACAGGAGGGAGGUGUCCCCUGUCCCCAGCACUGGAGGGAGCUGUCCCCGUGCCCGCCGUGCCGCCCCGUGCCCCUGCCCCGCUGCGUGGGCACGGCCCCUGGCCAAGCUGUGUCGUGGUUCGUGACCGUGGGGUUGUCGUGUGUGCGGUGCAGUCGUGUUGGUAACGUCAGUCAGUCAGUCGUGUGUUCAGUGCCCUGCGGGGCGAGGGGCGGCAGGGCGGCUAUGGGCACCCCCAGGGCGGCUAUGGGCACCCCCGGGGGGGCUGCAGGGCUGGGUGGCACUGCUGGCCCUGCCACAAAGCACCAGGGCAUGUCAGCUGUGGUGUGCAGGUGGGUGGUGGUGAUGGCUUGGGGGUGCUGAGGGUGGCUGGCAUGGCUGUGCCCCCCCGUGACUGUCACUGUGGGGAAGGGGACACCCUCCAGGGCUUUGUGUCACUGCCUGACACUCUGAGUUCCCUCUCUGCAAUCAGCUACCCCACAUCCCACCUCACUGAUCUCCAUCCUCUCCAUCUACCAUUCCCCUCUGGGACCAGGAUCUCCCUCCCUGCUCCCACCCUGCCCUGCCUGCAGCCAGUGUGGGGGGACACCCAGGACCCCCCAGUUUGCUUCCCCUGGCGGUUUUGGGUCCGUUUCCCUCGUAUUUAUAACUGUACAGACUGGGGGGGAGGGUCUCAUCUCUCACACACAUUUAUUGUAGGCAAUGGUAACUUUCUUGGUUGUGCUAUUAGAGUUUGUGUAUGUGGCAAUGUAAAGAACUGUGUAUAGUGCAUUGUACAGCAUAUUUUCAUGAAUAAAAUUGUUUUAAAUA